UCGAGCCCGGGGAGUCGAGCUGAGCCUAGCCGAGCGGGGCGGCCGGCGGCCCCGGCCCGGAGCCUGCGAGCGCCCCGGGACACUCCCGGCCGAGGCCUGCAGGGGGCCGCCCCGCGCGGGGAUGGCGCCCUCGGGAGCUGACAUCUCGGGGUCCAGACCCUCGCAGGGUGCCAGAGCCAGUUGGGGAUGCGAUGCGUCCCCGUUCCCCCGACCCUUAGGCCCAGCUUCCCAGGCCCCAGGCCCGGGCGUGUUGGGUUUGCCUGCCACGAAGGCCUCUACGCUCAGAAUUUAUGAAGUCCUGGAGAAAAGUUUGGGGAAAGACUUAUCUACAUUUUGCUCAUAUACAGCUGUACCUCCCCCAUGUUUCCAAGGAGUGCAUCUUGAAGUCUUCUAGUAUCUCCAGAGUGAAACUCACUGUGGACAGAACUCUAACUUGGAGGGACCAUGGAACAGUAUACAGCAAACAGCAAUAGUUCAACAGAGCAGAUUGUUGUACAGGCUGGACAGAUUCAGCAGCAGCAGCAGGGUGGUGUCACUGCUGUCCAGUUGCAGACUGAGGCCCAGGUGGCAUCCGCCUCAGGCCAGCAAGUCCAGACCCUCCAGGUAGUCCAGGGGCAGCCAUUAAUGGUACAGGUCAGUGGAGGCCAGUUAAUCACAUCAACUGGCCAACCCAUCAUGGUCCAGGCUGUUCCUGGUGGACAAGGUCAGACCAUCAUGCAAGUACCUGUAUCUGGGACACAGGGUUUGCAGCAGAUACAGUUGGUCCCACCAGGACAGAUCCAGAUCCAGGGUGGGCAGGCUGUGCAGGUGCAGGGCCAGCAGGGCCAGACCCAGCAGAUCAUCAUCCAGCAGCCCCAGACAGCUGUCACUGCUGGCCAGACGCAGACACAGCAGCAGAUUGCUGUCCAGGGGCAGCAAGUGGCACAGACUGCCGAAGGGCAGACCAUCGUCUAUCAGCCAGUUAAUGCAGAUGGCACCAUUCUCCAGCAAGUUACAGUCCCUGUUUCAGGCAUGAUCACCAUCCCUGCAGCCAGUUUGGCAGGAGCACAGAUUGUUCAGACCGGAGCCAACACCAACACAACCAGCAGUGGGCAAGGCACUGUCACUGUGACACUACCAGUGGCGGGCAAUGUGGUCAAUUCGGGAGGGAUGGUCAUGAUGGUGCCUGGUGCUGGCUCUGUGCCUGCUAUCCAAAGAAUCCCUCUCCCUGGGGCAGAGAUGCUUGAAGAAGAGCCUCUCUAUGUGAAUGCCAAACAGUACCACCGUAUACUUAAGAGGAGGCAAGCCCGGGCUAAAUUAGAGGCAGAAGGGAAAAUUCCAAAGGAAAGAAGGAAAUACCUGCAUGAGUCCCGACACCGUCAUGCCAUGGCACGAAAGCGUGGUGAAGGUGGACGAUUUUUCUCUCCAAAGGAAAAAGAUAGUCCCCAUAUGCAGGAUCCAAAUCAAGCAGAUGAAGAGGCUAUGACGCAGAUCAUCCGAGUGUCCUAACCCCAGGCCAUGUGAUGGAGCUGAUCAAGGUCAUGUUCCUCAUGCUGUUUCCCACUGUUCCAAGGAAAUUGAUCAACUCUUCCAAUGGGACACUGACGAUCACAUUCUGCCCUUUUCUACAGGACAGAAACCACUUAGUUUUUAAUAAGUGGCUCAGUAUUAUAAUUGCAAGGAUGUCUGGCAAAUUGAAGUUGCAAGCCUUUGUCUCACCCUUUCAGUCAGGACUUAAUUCAGACUGUUGGUGACAUUGACAUUUCAUGGAUUGGGAUGAUGCAGGGGACCCAUGCCAGCCCAGCAGUACCACACCUAGCACUUAAUGUUGACUGGUGAUGCCAGCCAGCCAUCUCAGCAGAAGAGAACAACCUUCUCAACCUGAACUGCAGUUAGGGAAGCCGCAGCCCACUUCUUCCCGUGGAUUCCGAACAGCACCCAUCCCUCUGGUGGGGGAUCUCAGGCUGACUAAUGGACACUUUGUAUUCAGAGAUGGUUUCCAGGCCAGGAGGCUCCAUCUCAUGAUAUGGAAACAAUUCUCUGAGAUACAUUCAUCUAA